ACUUUACGUUUUAUAAAAGUCGCGUUUGAGUAUAAAUACAUAUUGCUUUCAUCUUAACCAACCGUGGAACACAACGAAUCUAAUGUCUCGCGGUAAGCGAAGCAUUAAAUCGUCUGCUUAAUAAUCAGAUGCUUAGGACUUGAACCCCGGAAGAAAUGAUUUCUGGUUUGCUUUUGAAGGUUUCUAUUAUUUGUAUCUCAAUCUUAAUUAUAAUGGGUACAGUCAGCCACAAAAAUUACAUCACUUCUAAGGAGAAGAGAAUGCAAUUGCUGGAAAAGGAUAGGCAACUCAUUAUCCUUCUCAAUAGUUAUGCAGUGGAGCUGCAAGAAAAGAUAGAUACUCUGCGCGGGGUAGCUAAGGUGUUUAGGGAGCGUCUGUAUGAAGCCAACGGGAGGGAAGAGGAGUAUCUGUCCAAUCCCUUGAACAGUUUAUUCCUUCUUCGUCAGAUGCACGGGGAUUGGGAUCCGGUGGAGAAGUUCAUGCAGCAGCCAGUGGGUCAAGAGCAACUGAAGUCGAUUGAGGAACUGCACCAGGAUCUUCCAUCGCAGUAUGAUCUAAAGGAAGCCAGUCAGGCCAUGUUCCGAAUAAUUGAAGCGUACGGACUGGAUCCCAAGGAUGUGGCCAGCGGAUUGGUUGAUGAGGUGCAGUACAGUGGAAAUCUGUCUGCCAAGGACUGCAUUGCCAUGGGAAGGUACUCGCUUAAGACAGGUAAUUUCAAAGUGGCCUCUAAAUGGCUAAACUUGGCCAAAGUCUUGUUAAUGGAUAGACCGCGAAAAUACCACGAAGUGAUGGCGGUUACACACACCGAUGUAGCUUUGUUGCUUGCGCGCUAUCUUAUUGGCAGUGGAAAUGUAAGCAGCGCUCUAGAAAUGCUGACAAAGGACUCCAUGUUCGGGGAGACUGGCAAAGCAGUCGCUUGGCAUUUUUACGAUAACGCCCCACCUCCCCGCACUCACCUUGUGUCCACUGAGUGGAAAGAGUCCUUCAACCACCUUUGUCGCUCGGUGAGCAGAAGACAGUCGAAGGGAUCCAAGCCCAUGAGGCUCCACUGUCGCUACAACACCACUACUGCGCCCUUCCUGAAACUGGCUCCCUUUCGGAUGGAGGAACUCUCGCUGAGCCCAUAUAUAGUGCUCUAUCACAAUGUUCUGAGCGAUGGCGAAAUCGAGAAGUUGGAGCGGAUGAGCGAGCUAUUUCUGAAACGCUCCACGGUCAUCAAUGUCAAGAACAACACCAGACAUGUUUCCCCAACCCGAACAGCCGAUGGUGUAUGGCUUCCCCUUCCGCAUACGAAACUCGAUGACAGGAUGCUGCUGAGCCGCAUUUCCCUGAGGAUCGGGGACUUAACUGGCCUGGAUAUGACCCAUGGCAGAGCAAUGCAGUUCCUAAAGUAUGGUUUCGGGGGUCACUUCGUGCCACAUCAUGACUACUUCAACUCAAAGACCCCCUUGCUGGAGGCAGUGGGCGACCGCUUUGCCACUGUUCUCUUUUAUCUAAACAAUGUGGCGCACGGCGGAGCCACCGCUUUUCCCAAGUUGAAUAUCGCAGUGCCGACCCAAAAAGGAUCUGCAUUGUUCUGGCACAACAUUGAUGGGCAGUCCUACGACUAUGAAGAUCUCACCUUCCAUGGCGCCUGUCCCCUGAUAUCUGGCACAAAGAUGGUCCUGACUCGCUGGAUUGACGAACUGGAUCAGAUGUUCCUUCUUCCGGCCGUGAUCCCUCCUCGCAGUCGUAACUUCAGUAGUAUACUCCGGAACUCAGUGCUCCAGAAUUACAAAUAAAUUAGCUGAAUAAGUCUUCGCACAAUAUACAUUUUUUUCUGUACCAGCGGUGAACUCA